ACACGUCAUCACGCAAUCACUCCCUGUCAGCAGGUGGUGCUGCUGUGCGUUUUGAAGACAAAGAGGCGAAAAGAAAACGAAUAAGAAAACAUCAUCACCAACCAGGCAGAAAGGCUUUGAUUGAAGAAAACAGCAGGAUUGUCCCUCUUUUCUGUAUCGGAUUCGCUCUUUGCCUCCCACUGGGUGCCGCAGGACUGCUGGGAGUUUAGCUUCUCAUCCCACCCACCAACAUGCCAGCUGCACUUGCAGAUUCCAGUCAGAUCAUCUGUGAAGUCUGGGCGAGCAAUGUGGAAGAAGAGAUGAAAAAGAUCAGACAGAUUAUCCAAAGCUACAACUACGUCGCCAUGGACACAGAGUUCCCUGGGGUCGUUGUGCGGCCAAUCGGAGAGUUUCGCAGCACGGUGGACUACCAGUACCAGCUGCUGAGGUGCAACGUGGACCUCCUGAAGAUCAUCCAGCUCGGACUCACGUUCAUGAACGAGGACGGCACUUAUCCUCCGGGCACGACGACGUGGCAGUUCAACUUCAAAUUCAACCUCACAGAAGACAUGUAUUCGCAGGACUCCAUCGACCUGCUGCAGAACUCCGGCCUCCAGUUCAAAAAACACGAAGAAGAAGGAAUCGACACGCUGUACUUUGCAGAGCUCCUCAUGACGUCCGGCCUGGUGCUUUGUGAAAACGUCAAGUGGCUCUCCUUCCACAGCGGUUAUGACUUUGGCUAUCUGGUGAAGCUUCUGACUGAUGCUCGGCUUCCCGAGGAGGAACACGACUUCUUUCAGAUCCUCAACUUGUUUUUUCCUGCAAUCUACGACGUCAAGUACCUGAUGAAGAGCUGCAAAAGUCUCAAGGGAGGCCUGCAGGAAGUAGCCGAUCAGCUGGAGCUGAAGAGGAUCGGACGGCAGCAUCAGGCCGGAUCCGACUCACUGCUCACAGGGAUGGCUUUCUUCAGGAUGAAAGAGCUUUUCUUUGAAGACCACAUCGACGACGCCAAGUACUGCGGUCGGCUAUACGGCCUGGGAUCUGGAUCCAGCCAGCCACAGAACGGGCUCUCUGGGUCGGGACAGGAGGAGACCAACAACAAACACUGAGCGGCCGCUCAGCUUCCCUCGUUUAAAAAAAAAAAAAAAAAAAAAAAAAAAAGAUUUCUGCUCUCCAAGAAACUUGU